UCACAUGCCACGUGGAUGCUAGUGUGCCGGAGGUGCUGGUGGGGGACUACCUGCGCCUGCGGAAAGUGGUGGACAGCAUCGUUGGUGAGCCAGCUACCGCCAAGUUUGCAGUUUCUAUCGAGUGUUGAUCUUCUCACAUGGCAUCGCUGCUGCUGCUCGGUGUGUAAGUCCAUAUUGCAACAAAGAAAACCAUAUUGUUUCCUGCAGCUCAGUCUUCAUGCCCUUUACUCUUCGCCCAGACAGAGUGCACGCCGUGCAGCCCUGUGUCUUUCUUCGAAUCCAUGUGCAUCGCAGCCAACACCAUCAAGUUCACAUGUGCC